AUGGCCGAAGAUACCGCUGCAAAGAGGCUCAAGACCUCCCCUCCCACAAUUGGGACUCACAAUGGCCACUUCCAUGCCGAUGAAGCUCUAGCAGUCUACCUUCUCCGUCUCCUACCCACAUACACCUCCUCCCCCCUCGUCCGCACUCGCGACCCAUCCCUCCUCGCCACCUGCCACACCGUCGUCGACGUCGGCGGCGAAUACGACCCUUCCCGCAACCGCUACGACCACCACCAACGAACAUUCACAGCCACGUUCCCCCAGCAUUCCACAAAGCUCUCCUCCGCCGGCCUUAUCUACCUCCACUUUGGCAAAGCCAUCAUCGCCCAACACACCUCCCUCCCGCCCGACCACCCGGACGUAGCCACCUUGUACGAAAAGCUCUACUCAGAUUUCAUCGAAGCGCUGGACGCAAACGACAACGGCAUCUCCGUCUACGACAACGCCGCUCUCAAUGCGGCCGGGGUACGGAAGCGUUUCCGCGACAGCGGCAUCAGCCUCGGCGCCCUCGUGGGUGACCUAAAUCAUCCAGACCCAACCGCCACGGGACCGCAGGACGAAGACGCGCUAUUCGAGAACGCUAGUACAUUCAUUGGCGACGCAUUCCUGCGCAAGCUGCGCGUUGCGAGUGCUUCGUGGCUCCCUGCGCGCGCGACGGUGAGCGAGGCGUACAAGGCGCGGUUUGACACGCAUGCGUCGGGGCGAAUAUUAGUGUUGCCCAAGGCGGGGAUCCCGUGGAAAGAACAUCUGUUCGUGCUGGAGGAGGAGGAGGCGGCGGCGGCGGCGGCGGGGGCAGAAGCGGAGGCUGGCAAGAUCGGUGGUGCGCAUGUGGAUAGGAGACAGGUGUAUUACGUGCUGUAUCCUGAGUCGACAGCGCCGGAGGCUAAGUGGCGGGUGCAGUGUGUACCCGUUACAGAUACAAGUUUUGAGUCGAGGAGGCCGUUACCGGAGGCGUGGUGUGGGAUCAGGGAUGAGGAUCUGGAUAAAUUGUUGGCGAGCGAGGAGACGAGUGUGGUGGUGCCUCCAGGUGCGGUCUUCGUGCAUGCGACUGGGUUUAUCGGGGGGCAUGCAACGAGGGAGGGGGCGUUUGCGAUGGCGGUCAGGAGUUUAGGGUAGAGUUCCCAGGCGUGAGUACGUGUUUGCGUUAGGAUCUUUCCUUUUGCUAUUUAUUGCCGAUACGGAGAAUCAUAUAGGUCUUGGGCAGCCCGUGGUGGGUAAAAUGGCAUUUCUCAAAUCUUGCUCUCGGAGUUAAACGCGGAAAGGGAUGUCUGUUAUGUUUGAAACUGCUGCAAUAAUACAAAUUUUCUCUC